AUGCGAGUCCACCCACUGCCAGACAAAGCCAGCGCCUGCCCCAACCCAACUCUGCAAGGUCCAUACCAUCAACCGAACGCAGAAAAACUGCACAGACCCCAUGCCCAACGUGAACACUGCAUCCUGGCCAUCCACACAGCAAUGUGCCCAUACAAGUCCCGGCCAGGAACGGAGCCCCCCAACGAGGGAAAAAGUCAACGCAUCCCGUCUACAUCAAUGCCAACCGCCGGAAGCACCACAGCCCCUUCGCAGUACAAACACCUGCAGCCGCCGAAACCGAAACAAAAGAGCGACCGACCCCACAAACCACCACAACGCACACACCCAGCUACCACCGAGACCGCCAACCCACCGACCCCAACUCAUUCACAGCCCAGCCAAUCGAGCCACCGGACAUCCACCCCGGCCAACCAAACACCCCAACGCGUCGCCGACCACACCCACCGCCACAGCUCCGUAGAGCCGCAGACAGCGCCGGUGAACGCCACCGAGAGGCGAACAGCGGGCCCGCACAGCCGCAGCGCGACCCAGGACAGAAGGAGGAAGCCCAAGGAGACCCGAGGCCAGAGGGGCACGGGCCGUCCCCCGCCCGACAGCGGCAAGCCCCCCAGGCCCCCGGGUGCAACCCCCCGCCCAACCACCUACGAGAGGAACAGCUCCCCACCCGACCCAAGGCGGCCGCCCGCAGCCCCAACCACCCCCGACCGCUAG